UGGGAGACCUAAAAAAAGAAAUUGAAAGUUUACAAUCACGUUUAGCAAGUGCCAAUGCUACAAUUGAAGCUCAAAAAAACAUCAUAGAAGCAACAACCCGGAAUUCUGGCUCGUCAACCCAAAGUGAGAAUGUGAAAUUAGAGCAAGAUAUUUUUGCGACCCUUACCGAUUUAAAAGCAUGGGCAGACAACCCCAACUUUGAAGAUUUGUUAGAAUAUUACAGCGUAGGGAAAGAGUGUGGAGUAGAAGAAGACGAGUUGAAAUAUGUAAGAGCCGCGAGAGAAGUAUUUGGAGAACUUGGUUUGCACCACAGCAACUUUCCGAAAUAUGACCCAAGAGUGCAUGGUGAGAAUCAAGAAGCAUUUAUAUGGAAGGAGUUUAUCCGCCGUGCUACCAAAGUAGUUAAUUGGAUAAAUAAAGAUAGUUGCGAAACUGUAACCAGCCAACUUAACGAACUAAACAACAAAUUUAAUAAUUUAAAAAGUGGAUUAGAUGCCUUGCCGGGUGUUCUCGGAAGUAACGAUGAACUAGUAACAGAAGAAGUUGAAAAAUACAAAAAUGCUUGGGAAGCCGAACAAAAUAGACCCCAAGAAGGAUUAUUAAGUGGGAAAAAUAUCGUUAUCGGUUGCUUAGCAAAAGCAAGGCUAUUGCUAACUACUAAAAAAAUUCUUUGGAAUAUGAGUAGCAAAAUUAUCGACUAUCUGACGGAAAUUGCCACUAUUUGUGCACACCGCCAAUUAAAUAAUGAAAAAAUAACUUUUUUACUCGCUCGGAAAAAGGAAUACGAAGAGGCAAAGGCUAUUGCUAAAGAAUACCAAGAACUACUUAACCAAGCAAUUAGUUACGAAGAAAAAAGUCUUCUCAAGGAAGGCACCGGACAAAAUGUUUUAGUAGAAAUUCGACCGGGGACGGGGGGGACUGAGGCUGGAUUAUUCGUUCGUGACCUUUACCGAAUGUAUUAUAAGUUGGCCGAAAAAAUGAAUUGGAAGGUGGAAAUGGUGGAAACUAAAGUAGACGUGGCAGGGAAUUUUGAUUUCGUAGCUUUUUUGGUGAAAGGACCCGAAGUUUUCGCUUGGCUAAAAAAUGAAGCGGGGGUGCACCGUGUGCAGCGAGUUCCCGUUACCGAAAGCAAAGGUCGCGUGCACACCUCGACAGCCAGCGUGGUGAUUUUACCCGAAGCCACUGAUAUUUCAGUAAAUAUUCAUCCCCAAAAUUUAAAAACCGAAACUUAUCGUUCGAGUGGGGCCGGCGGGCAGCACGUUAAUACUACCGAUUCUGCCGUGAAGUUAACUUAUACUUGUCUAAUAAAUGGAAAAAAUGAAACCAUUACGGCUACUUCGCAAGAUGGUCGCAGCCAACAUGACAACAAAAAAAGAGCCUUGUUUGUUUUAAAAAGUCGUUUAUUAGAAAAACUCCGUUCCGAACAAGCCAAGCAGGUAGGAAAUCUGCGUUCAUCUAUGAUUGGCACUGCCGAACGAGCGGAAAAAAUCCGCACUUAUAACUGA